CAGGGAGCGGGUUGUGGUUCCGGUUCCGGUCCCGGUGUCCACACACGUGAAGUGAAGGUCGGCGAGCUGUUUAGGUGUUCGCAGCUCGGCGCGGGUCUAGACAAGCGUGGUCGCUCUGGGAUGGAUUCCUCCUCUUCGUCUUCCGCGGUGGGACUGGGCGCAGUGGACCCUCAGCUGCAGCAUUUCAUCGAGGUGGAGACUCAGAAACAGCGCUUCCAGCAAUUGGUGCACCAGAUGACUGAACUUUGUUGGGAGAAGUGCAUGGACAAGCCGGGGCCAAAGUUGGAUAGUCGGGCCGAGGCCUGUUUUGUGAACUGUGUUGAGCGCUUCAUCGAUACAAGCCAAUUCAUCCUGAACCGACUGGAGCAGACCCAGAAGUCCAAGCCAGUCUUCUCAGAAAGCCUUUCUGACUGAGCUCAGCAUCACCUCUCUGGAAAAGGAAGGUAGUUCAAGAGAAGAAGAGCUGUUGAGGGGACGAAGAAGUGGCCACGGGGAGACUGACUCCCACUUUUUGUCAUUCUUAGGACAUCUUGUGAGAAUAAACAAAAACCAGAUUUUUUGUGUGGGG